AACCUUUUUCCUUUCACGCUAACCUAGAAGUAAACAGCUGCAACGUCAGUGGACAUAGUGGUAAAUAGGAUACUAUUAAUUAUUUUAUUUGUUAAUUGUUAAGUCUGAGUUCAACUUAAAAUACAUAAUGAGUAGAAAUUACAAAGAGGAUCAAGCGAAUGAAAUAGAGGCGCUUGAAUCUAUAUAUUACAGUGAAAUGGAAGUACUGGAGACAGAACCUAGUCACAAAUUCAGUAUAACCAUUGGCACUGAAGAGUAUAAUGCUGAAGAGGAGUCAGGUGGUAUGGCGUGCAAACUCGUCUUUACGUAUACUCCUACUUAUCCAGACGAAGCACCCGAAGUGGCAAUAGAAGAUCCUGUUAAUAUAGAAGUACUUUAUGAAGAAAAACUACUUGAACACCUCAAAACAACAAUCGAUGAAAAUAUAGGGAUGGAAAUGGUUUUUACAUUAGUUAGUAGCGCACAGGAAUGGUUGAACGAACGUUGGGACGAUUACAAAUUGCAUGAGGAAGAAGAACGCUCACGGAAGCUUCUUGAGGCAGAAGAAGCUGAGCGAAAGAAAUUCGAAGGAACUCGUGUAACUGUCGAAUCGUUUCUUAAAUGGAGGGCAGAAUUCGAAGAGAGCACAGGUAUAACGGCUAAACGAGAAAAGAACAACGACAGCAAAAAACUGACAGGCAAAGAAUUAUUCAUGCGCGACACCACUCUCAACGAUUCUGAUAUUAAAUUCUUACUUGAAGCUGGUGACUCAAUUGAAAAUGUAAAAAUAGAUGAAACGCUAUUUCAAGAUAUUGGCGAUUUGGAAUUGGGUGAUGACGAUGACUCCGAUGAUGAAGAUUGGGUGCCAGGCGCAGAUGAUUAGAUUUAAAACUUUUACACUUACUCAUAUUUGUUAGUUAAAAAUGAGUCGUUUAUAAUUUCUUACACAUUUAUUAAAUAGAUAAGGUAUGUGAAAAAUAUACACGUCAAACUAUAUAAAAUGAA